UUUCACCACACUAAAGCGCAUUCUUGCACCUUGGACUUUAUUUGAUUAAAUCCAUAUUUAUUCUGUCUCACAAAUAACAAUGGACAAGUGGGUGCAGUUAAAUAAUCAAGCCGCCGGCAGGGAUAAGAUUGCCAGGCUAAUACAAUAUGCUUCUCGUGCACUAUGGGAUUCAUUGGAGAGCUCCAAGUCCAGCCCAGCUUUGGUGGAGAAUUUUAAAACCAUAGAGUAUAUAUUGAGCACCUUUCGCAAAUUGUUACGAUUUGGCAAGGGUCUAGAUGUGUUCUAUGCCAGCUUGCGCGCCAUACACUAUCCUGAUUUGACAAUACGUGUGACGCUGACCAUGAGCAAGAUCUCUCAAGCCUUGUUUCUGCUUGCCGACCAUUUUCUCUGGCUGGCACGCACUGGCUUAACAUCGGUGAAUGCCAAAAAGUGGGCUAAAAUGGCGAACAAGUAUUGGCUGUUUUCCAUCAUUAUGAACUUGUGUCGAGAUUUCUAUGAGAUUUGCAGAGCCAUCGAUAUGCAUAAAGCAAGCUGCAGUGGUGGCAUCACACGCUGCAAGCUACCAAGGAGUAUAAAUUCGCCUGCGGAUGUAAAACGAUUGGCGCUGCACUCUUAUCUGCUAAUGCUAAGCCACAAGGAUAUUGCUGUGGACACUAUUAAGAAUAUCUGCGAUUUCUUUAUACCAUUGACUGCGCUGGGCUACACGAGCCUGACACCCAGAACUAUAGGACUACUUGGUUCAAUUUCAUCUAUUGCCGGCCUUUGGGCGCUGCUAGAGCCUACGGCUAAGCUAACGCCCGCAUAAAACUAAGCUAAAUAUUAGUGUGUGUGGCGUCUUGUAUGUAUGUAGAAAUGUAUAUCCUUUGCCUGUAAUCUGUUGAGUUUGUGAGAGUAUUAAUAUGUAAACUACGAUUUUAUUGAUAAGCAUA